AUGUUCAAACAGUCGGCUAAGAGAAUUGCAGCGGUUUCAACGACUUCAGCAAGGUCGUUCACCGUUUCAAAGAUUAUCCGGGCAAAAGGUGAUUCUUCCACAAUUGAUUCAUUUAGGUUACCCUCGCAAACAUCGAUUAAUGAGUGGGAAUUUAAAUACGAUUUUAUCCCCAAAACCGAACAGAAAGUACCUCUAAUUAGCAGAGAAGCAGUAAAGCAAGAUAUAGCUCAUGAGAAGGCUAAAUCUGUCGAAAGGGAAUUGUUCACAAAAGAGAGUAACUCAUCGCAUAAAGUUGAAGCAAACGAGGCACAUGUUGUGCACGGUGGCGAGGCCGUGAGUGCUGCACAUGAGUUGCAUGAAGAUAGAGGCAAUAGCAAACCAAUUGAUAUUUCGAUUGGGAAAAGUCAACAAGCAGGAUCAUCAAAACCGAAAAAAUCGGCCAAUCAUGAUAAAUAUAUUCAAUCUUCAGUUAACCCCAAAAUCAACGAUGCCGAUGUUGUCAACUUGGGCAACCACGAAAUCGAUCACAAGAUUGAAGAAGUAGUUGAGCAGUCUCCUGUUGUAGAUGACAUUGAACACGAUAAUUUAAAUUCAUCAAAGUGA